AUGUCUCGUGAACCUAGAAAAGGAUAUUAUAACAGAGAUUGGGAUAGAAAUAGGGACAGAGACAGAGAUCGCGAUCGUGACCGUGAUAGGGAUAGAGACAGAGAUCGCUCAGAUUACAGAAGUCGUCCGCCGCUAAGAAAGCGAAGUCGAACACCCACCAGGAGAGAUGAGCACAAACGAAGCCGGUCUCCACGAAAACCUGAUAAAGAUAUAUUGGACGAGAACAUUUUGAGUGAGAUAUCUAAACUACCGGAACCUAGUGAGCUAUGGGACAACCAGUUUCAAGAAGGCGGUUUUUCUGCCCCACCACCACCGGCUUUUUCACAGCCCCCUCCAGAGGGUGUUGCAACCACAAGUUAUGGUGGCAACUAUCAGCCGUCAUACUCUGGCAUCUAUGAUGACUUCCCUUCAGUUGGAGCAGUGCCACCUCAACCACCUCAUCCACCAGACAUAGCCUCAUGGAAUCAAAUGUCAUUGCCACCACCACCGCCAGCACCGGCGCCGCCUCAACCUCCUGCUCCAUUCUUAAAUAAUGUUGAAGAUCAAAUCAAAAAAGAAGCUGCUAUCGAAUCGGAAAUGCGUCACCAAAAGGCAGCAUUGUCUAAACAAAGGGAAGACUAUGUCAAGAAAGCUAACAUACUAAAAAAGGAACUGGAUACGUUAAAGGAUCAGCGCAACGAGCUCCGAGGAGACGCCAAACGCUCUCCGAGUCCUGACACCAAGAGAUUUUUGAAGGAAAACACAAAGUUACAGUUGGAGAUACAGAACAAGCUGAAGACCAUCUACAAUGUAGUGGAUAUGCUGAAUGGCAUCAUCGGUGAAGAAGCCCCCGUUGAGCUCCACGAUUCUGAUGAUUCCGCCGAACGCGGUACUAAACGCAAAUCCAGAUCACCGUCGGCUAAUAAGAAAUUCAACUAUAUCUACUAUGAUCCCGAGAUGCACUGGUGUCGCGUUUGCAACGAGUUUCCACCGACUGCUAAGGAGUAUUUGAACCAUUUGCAUUCACCAGCCCAUCAUAAAAUGGCAGCAGCACAUAUGGAGGCCCCGUGGCACACUGUGUCCGGUAUGAACGAGGGAUUUCCAAGCUAUCCCCAAGCACAAACUAAAAGGACUCCAAUUAAAGGUCUACAAUUUUUCGUACCUUCCACCGCAUGGUACUGCAAGCUCUGUGAUCAGUUCAUCGGUGACCUGCAUUGUGCUUCUGCUCAUCUGAAGUCUGUGACACAUUCCAAGAAUUACACAAACUUCGUAGAACAAAACCCUCAUUGGGAGACAGACUGGAUGUCCGAUCGUCAGAAAGCGUUUGAGAAAUCUCGGGCCAACAAGAGCAAGUCUGAUGGAGAAAAGCCACAACAAUACAUGUCUCACACUAUCACGUUCAAUAAAGACGGCUUCCACACCAAGCGGAAGAAUAGUCCAUCUGCUCCAGAGGAAAAGAAGAAGAAGAAGGAGAAGAAGUCAAAGAAGAAGAGAAAGACUAGUAGCAGCAGCAGUUCAUCUAGUGAUUCUAGUAGUUCGGAUAGUGAGCCGGUUAAAAAGAAAGAAAAAAAAUCAAAGAGUAGAGUUAAGCCUCGGGACGACAAGACUCUGACGGAAUGGGUGUCGAACAUACAGGUGGACAGACUCAAUGAGAGUGACCGGAAACUGUUGGAUAGUCUCAAAAACAGGAUAAAGGAAGAUAACGAUGAAAAGCGAAGAUCUCAGGAACGCGAUCGCUCCACACGUGAUCGAGAUCGUUUAGUGGAACUGCAGCGGAAACUGAGAGAUAGCGAGCGGCGGAGUUCCCGCUCGCGCGAGGAGCGGGAGGGGCGCUCGGGCCGAGAGGGGCGGGAGGGACGCGAGGGGCGGGAGGGGCGCGAGAGCCGCGAGAGGCGGCGCCGCGCGUCCUCCCGCUCGCGCCGCUCGGAGGAGCGCGAGGCCACGCCGCCCCCCUCCGACGCCAAGAAGCCCACCGCUGAGGUCAAGAAGAUGCCCUUCAUCGGAAAAAUGCCGGUGUUCAAAAAUUUGGGUAAAGUUAAGGUCGAGGAGCAGAAGAAAGAGGAUCUGAAAAAGAAAGAAGAAGAAGAAGAAGUAACAAAAAAGAGGCGAGAAGAAAUGGAUGCCGAGAUACAAAAAAAGGUAGCGGAGUUUAAAGAGAAGAUAGCUCGCGCGCAGCUGGAGCGGGAGCAGGCGCAGGUGACGGAGCAGCUGGCCGCGGCGCUCGGGCCCAACCCCGGCGCGGGGCUGCUGCCCAACCCCUACCUGCCCACCCCCGCCCCCGCCCCCGCCCUGGGCCAGGCGCCGCCCGUCGCCCCGCCCCUCGCCGCGCCGCCCCAACCACAGGCUCCACAGCAGCAACCGCAGAUACCGCAGCAGCCGAACCUGCCAAAAGACUUCCAAGAUGCUCUCGAUAUAAUAUUUCCAUCUGAAGUAAAAAACCAGGAGCUCAGUCAGCAAGAAUUAUUCGCGAUGCCACCAGGCUUUAUGCCUGGCCUUAUGCCUCCAUUCCCCCCCUUACCGCUGAUGCAACCUCAAAUGUUCGGCUUCGAUAUGAACGCUCCUCUGUUCCAACCUCGUCCCCAGCUGUAUGACACCCACGUGCCAAUAGUUCCUAGUCCAAAACCCAGACAUCAGCAGCAAAAACGACAACAGAAGAAUGAAAUUAAAAAGAAAGAACCUCAAAAACCACCACAACAGAAGAUGAUAAAAGACGAAAAGGGGAACGGAGAAGUUGCGAGGAAGAAAGAAGAGAUGGAUGACUUAGCUAUGUUAGGUAUAGACGCUUCUGAUGUUGGUGCAUUGAUUUAG